GUGGCUAGCAGGCUCCGUCGGACACGAGAGAAUUGGAUUCAUUUUUGCUAUAAAAUACAUGUAUCCAUAAAUUCUCUCCCCCCAGUUUCAUCAAAUAUAAAUACAGUAUAGUUGUAGUCUAACUAAUUACUACAUUGUAACUUCCCAUAACUUUGAACCGUUAGAUUUGUUUUAAAAUUCAUACAAAACAGGAAGGGAAAAAUAUUAGUGUGCGUACCAGUGAGGGGAUUUCAUCAUGAGACAUCCCCGUUUUUAUGGAAAUAACGUGUUACCAUAGAAUUUUUUUAAAGUUACAUACAGGUUGUAUUAAAGGUUAUAUCAAGUUAUAAAUAAUGUGUUAGCACAUCGCUCAGUACCAAACUCAUCAAACUCACCACCGUCGCUUCCAUCUCUCUCUGUCUCUCUUCUUUUUGACCUCUUCUCUCUUAUCUUCUCUUCUUUCUCCCUUGUGCAUGCGGAGAAUUUAGAUUAUUUACCACCUAAUUUGCGUGCCUCAACUUUUUUACCACCCAAUUCACGUGCCCUCUAUAAUAUGUCAUUAGGACUGCUAAUUGCUAUACUUGGUACCACUUUCUCAAUUUUUCAUUUAUUUCUCAUUUCUUAAUCCCAUUUGUAUUUUUUCUCAAACUUUGUGGACUGUUUUGCCCCUGGGCCCACUGUCAGAUGAAAGGAAGAGAAAUCCUCUUCUCUGGAUCGAUCGAUCUCUCGCUGUAGCACUAGCCCGAGCGCGACGAGCUCCUCCGCCGCCGAGCACCUCCGCCGCCGGGCGUCCCCACCUCCGCCGUCGGGCGCCCCCACCACGCCGCCGAGCGCCGCCACCCCGCCGCCGACCACCGCACCCUAGCGCCGCCCCCAGGCCUAGCGCCGCUGUGCGCCCCACGGCCGAGCGCCUCCCCCGUGCAGCCUAGGGUUUGAAGGGAGAGAAGGAGAGGUGGCUAUGGCGGCUCCCGUGGAGAGUACUGUGCAAGCAGCGAGGUCAUCCGUCGUUCCCAAUGAAGUAUCUACUGGGAUCGAUCCUGAUGCAGAGUUUAGGGUGUGUGUUCAAUUCAGUCAGUACAUUGCUAAGCUUGAUGAUGGUAGUUUUGUUCAUGUACCCCGCAAAUAUGAGGAAUGGGUUGUGGACUAUCGUGAAUGCACAUUAGAGAGAUUGGUAAAGGACUUUGCAGCCAAGAUAAAUUGGGGUAGGUGCCAGCAGGUGGUUGUGUGUGGAUAUGACACGGGCACUGGUGAGGAAACAAAGUUUACUGACAAUAUGGAUCUAGUGCAUGCAUUUUUUGUUAGGAAGAGUGAGAGGAGGUUGGUUUUAUUUGUGGAUGUGGUGGAUAAACCUGUUCAGCUUGUUACUAGCUCUUCUGUUUCAGAGAUUAAUGGGACAGUCAUGGAUGAGGUUGUUACAGCUAGGCAUGCUGAUGCUACAGAUUGUAACAGUCAACAUGCCAUUGAUUGGGAGAGUUUGGAGAUAGCUCCAAUUCCAACAGAGCAGGUUCAACAGCAUGUCAUUGAUUGGGAUGGAGUGGAGAUAACUCCAAUUGCAGAGACACAGAUAGGGUCAUCAAUGCCUGUGAUGGACGAAGAUGAAAUGUAUGCAUUUGUUGGUCUUAGAGCUGAGGAUGAGAGAGCAGAACAAGCUAGACUUGAAGCUGAAAAACAAUUGGACUCGGCACCUAGUCCGGCUGCAGGUCAUGCCCAAGGGAACUUAGACAAUGAGGCUGACAUAGGUGUUAGUGAUGUGGUUCCGGGUGAAUCUGAAGUUUUCUAUGACAGGAAUGACCCUCCAAUGAUUACAGGAAGUUCAUAUCUAAGUAUGGUUGAGUUUAGAUCAGCUGUGCGGCAACACGCUAUAAAGGGUCAGUUUGAGCUUGGGACAGAGUCGAGUGAUAAAGAAAGGUUCAGAGGCUUUUGCAAGGCUGAGGGAUGUCCAUGGGCUAUUGUAGCAAGGUUGAUGCCGGAUGAAAAAUCUGUUAGGGUUACUUUGAAUAAAUUUCCCCAUCAUUGUUCAUAAACUGGCAGAGUAAAGACCAAGAUGGCAACAUAUAAGUGGGUGGCAGAGAAGGCAAUUCCUUUUUUGAAGAAGGAUUCAAAUAUGGGUCUGACGAAGUUGAAAGAGGAGUUAGAGACCACAUACAACGUCACAAUAGGAUACCAUACAGUGUGCCAAGGUAGGCAGAAGGCUUUAGAAAAGAUUUUUGGGUCAUGGGAUGAGAGCUUCACAUAUUUGUUCAACUUCAAGGCUGAGGUUGAGCUGAAAAUGCCUGGAAGUGUUGUGGAGAUAGAUGUACUGGAGAAUGAAGAUGGGGUUUAUUUUCAUCAGUUUUUCUGUGCAUUCAAACCUUGCAUUGAUGGUUUCAUAAAUGGAUGUCGACCAUAUUUGAGCAUAGACUCAAUAGCACUUAAUGGAGCUUGGAAUGGUCAUUUAGCUUCUGCUACAUCCAUAGAUGGGCACAACUGGAUGUUUCCGGUUGCAUUUGGAUUCUUUCAAAGUGAGACCACUGAUAAUUGGACUUGGUUUAUGCAGCAGCUUCAUAAGGCAAUAGGGGAUCAAUCACCCCUAGCAAUUAGCUCAGAUGCUUGUAAGGGGCUAGAGAAUGCCGUGAAAUAUGUUUUCUCUGCAGCUGAGCAUAGGGAAUGAUUUUGGCACUUGAUGCAGAAUUUCAUAAAGAAAUUUCAUGGUCCAGUCUUUGGAAACAUGUACCAUGCAGCUAGGUCUUUCAUGCCAGAUAGGUAUGACUAUUACAUGAAUAAAAUUCAUGAGGCAAAUUCAGAUGUGAAGCCAUACUUGGAAAUAUAUCAUAAACUGCUUUGGAUGAGGAGCAAAUUCUCAGAAGGCAUAAAAUGUGACUUCGUCACCAAUAACCUAGCAGAGUCGUGGAACAAAUGGAUUAAGGAAAAGAAAGAUCUUCCAAUUGUAGAGCUUGCAGAUGGCAUCAGAUCGAAGACAAUGGAUCUAUUGGCCAGUAGGAGGAGGAUAGGUAAUAAAUUGGAUGGUGUGAUGCUCCCUGUUGUAAUUCAGCAACUGAAUACGAUGACUAGAACUUUGGGCCACUUGAGGGUAGUUCAAGGUAAUAGAGACCAGGCAAAGGUGACUGAGAUCACUCCUGAACAUGACAUUAUUAGGCAUGCAGUCAAUCUCACAGAACAUACAUGCACCUUUAGAGAGUGGCAAGUUUCUGGGAAACCAUGCCCACAUGCAUUAGCUCUCAUUAUAUCACAUAGAAAUCCUAGAAUGGCUGAUUAUUUGGAUCCCUUCUAUUCAGUGGAAAAGUUUAAGCUUGCAUAUGCAGACGUUAUUCAACCAUUUCUAGAUAAGUCUCAAUGGCCCAAGGUUAAUAUUGGUUUCAAGUUGUUGCCACCUUUGACUAAAAAAGGAGUAGGGAGGCAAAGGAAGAAUAGAAUAGUUGUGUGCCUUGAGAAAGGACAAAGCAAGCCUAGGACCAAAGGCAAGUGGCAGGUUCAGUGUAAGAGGUGUCUUGCCAUGGGACAUAGGCCAUCAUCCUCAAAAUGUCCUUUAAAUGGUACCAAGAAAAAAAGGAAGAGUCGUGCGAAACAAGGAAGGCCAGUAGGCUCAACUAGUGGUGCAGCAGGCCCUAGCACACCAAAACGACAAAAAGUCGUAAGAAGUGAUUCCACUUGCACUAGUCCUGGUCCUAUCACUAGAAGGCAAAUGGCAUUGAUCAAUGCUGGUGAACAAGGAUCAAGUCAAAUGGCAACCCCUCUAAGGCCUCCAAGAGCUGCAAAGAAGAUCACUCCAAAGAAAGGGAAAAAAUAAGUGAUUCUAAGUAGUAUUUUCAUUUGUGGACGAUUUUCUAGUGGCAAACAUAGGCUUUAUUUUGCAAUAUGAACCUGUGUGACUUGGUUAUGUAACCUCUUAUAUUUGGUUAUGUAAUCUGGAUGGAAUUCUCAAAUUUGGUUAUUUAGACUUGUUUGGCUUCUUGUACGAACAACGUAUUAUGGCUACAUGCUGCCAAAAUUUAAGUGACAUUUUUUAGUAUGUGCUGUGAA